UAUAAUCCGAUGUAGCAGAGUAUAGGAUAGCAAGUUUAUUACUCAACUUAUUCGCCUUUCGUUUGCAGCGACUGAGGUCGACUUCGACAACCAGUUGUGGUCUUGACAAUUCAUUACUCGUCCUCAGCCAACUGUUUUGAGAUCAAGGAACAGAAAGCAAGAGGAAAUAAGUCAUUAUUUUCAAGGUUUCAUUGGAACCAUGGCUACCAAGAACUGGAAGUUAUUACGCGAAGCGAUUUUGAAAAUGAACAAACAAAGAUACUUGUCUGUGAUGCAGGGUAUAAAUAAGUUCACUACCUCAACGAAUUCAAGAACACUUUAUCAUAACACGAACAAGGUUACUGAUACAGGAUUCCAGAAAAAGGAAAUUAAUAACCCCGGAGAGGGCUUGCAUAGGAAUGAACUCGCAAUUACAGGGAUGAUGUCAAUGGCAGAUUUUCCUUCUGCACACUCACAGAGAUCCAAAGACCUAGUUUCCACACAGACACAAAGUGGUUUGGAAUGUAGGCGAUGCUUGACGCAUUUGGCGCUUGGGACCACACGAGAAAAAACUCACAAUGAUUCUGAAGAUAACACGAAAACCAAAGAAUCACUUUGUGGACUUUUAUUCAACAGUUAUGUGCUCUGUCUCUUCGUUCUAGGUUCCUAUAUACCUAUGGAUUAAUUAGCUGGAAGAUGUGUAGAAGCCUGAUCGCAUUUUUGCUUGAGGGCGAUUUCAAGAUUAACAUCGGCAGCCAUUAGAAAUCACCCAAUAUAUAUAUAUAUAAUAUGUGUUUAAGCUAAACAUUAUUCCUCUAUGAGGAAUGACGUGGUUCUACAAUAUUUGGUCACGAGACACGUCCUAAAUCAAUGGCGCACAAGCAAAAAUAUUUGAUGCAAUUCAACUAUGGAUAUAGAAACUUCCAGAAAAUUGGAGUUCGUAGUUGUACUUGGGGAAUAUUGAUAAAAAAAACCUUUAAAAUCUUUCUUGAUUUUAGAAGUCCUGUUGGGUUUUGCUGUACAAAUAAGACUUGUAAAAAGAUUUUUAUCAGGCCAUUAUUCAGCAAUACGAAGUAACAGAAAGAAAAUAUCUGUAAAAAAUUAUGUUGUUUAUUGAGUAAUUUUCAAAAAAAGAAACGCGUAGAAUCUGAACGCUUCUUGAAUGUCUCUUCAAAUUAAAUUCAUCAGAGAAAUA